AUGUCUCACGAGGUAGAGGCACAAGAUGAAGAACUGGCAACACUCACCAUGCUAUACGAACCAGAAAACUUUCAUUUUGACCGACAUCCCGAAACCACCAUAGUGAGUGGAUGGUACAGAGCUCACCCUAAACUACCACACGACUCUGUCUCUCUCCACGUCCGUAUUAACGCCUACUCACAGACCAAGAAACUCUCUCCUUUCCUACAGCCACAGUUCCUCCGCUACAACAAUGUCUUAUGCAAGAUCUUCUCCAUUGAACACAUUCCUCCAAUUAUGGUUAGUUUCACCCUGCCCCCAACCUACCCAGUUGAUGCCCUCCCACUUCUUGCGCUCGACUGCUACUACAUUGCACCUGACCGUCUCCUCUCCAUCGUUGAGCAGUUGAAUGCGUACCUAUCCAACAGAGUGAGUGGGGAGCCAUGUUUGUGGGAGUGUUUUGAGUUUCUGGAAUCCAACCUCGUCCCAAUGCUUCUCGGUGUAGAGAAGGACGAAAGUGGAACCUACGUCUACGACAUGGAGGAGGCUAUUUCCUCACGUCAUCUACGAGAGCAGGCUCUAGAGCAGAUGGUUGAGUACGACAGCGUGAGAAGACGGAAGCAGUUUGAUGAGGAUAAAGUGGGGUGUGUGAUCUGUGGGGAUGACGAGAAGAUGGGUCGGGAGUGCACUCGGUUGACUAUAUGCGGUCACAUUGCUUGUAAGGAUUGUCUGAGAAAUGCGCUGUCAGCGCAUAUAGCGAAUGGUGUAACUGCUGGUGUACUGCGAUGUCUGCAUUGCAAUGCAAUAAUGGAGUUGUUUGAGGUGAAAGAGUUUGCUACGCCCUCCCAGUUUGCGGCCUACGAUAGGCUGCUGCUACAGCGCAGUCUCGCUUUUAUGAGUGACGUAGUACAAUGUCCCCGCCCUGGCUGUUCGAGAACAUGUCUUUCGGAGGACGAUAAUCUGGCCCGCUGUCCUUAUUGUCAACAUGUCUUCUGUCCGCGAUGUUUGCGCCUUUAUCAUCCCAGUAGACCUUGUGUAUCUUCUCCUAUCGAGCCCGAGGUGGAAGAUACUGUGGAUUUGAAACCGGAGGAAGGAAAGGCGGAAGGAGAGGCAGAAGAAGAGGGGGAAAAGGCAGCAUUCGUUCGAUACGAAGAUGAGGAGGUCCUGCUUCCGUCAGGUAACAUGCGCUUCUUGCUACUGAUAGAGGAUGUUGCGUGGAUGACUUGGAAGCUGAGCCACACAAUCGAUCCUGGGGAGCGUCGGGAACUAAUCAGUAGGAUUUUUAGUGCCCGGACAAGUUUAGUAGCAGAAGCUAUGGUGUCUCGCAAGUUCAAGGAAAUGAAUCUUCACCGUUGUCCAAAUUGUGGCCUGUUUGUCCAAGUGAGUUGUUUCUUACCCCUUAGUAAUCUAUAA